AUUCAUUCUAAAAAAAGUUUUAAUCUCCACUUUUGAAAAAGAAAAUUAUGACGUUUGUAAUUUUUUCUUCCUUUCAACCAUAUAAUUUCAAAUUUUUUUUCAUGCCCAACCCAAUUUACACAGUCCGGACCGAAGGAUAUUUCUGGGUCUUCAGGAUAACGGCUUCCAGCCAGCCACACAAGGAGAAAUGGCUUCCUUCCCUUCGUCCGCAGGCGCCCAUGGCAGAAGCCUAAUAAGCAAAACCAGAGUGAUUUCCUUGACGGGUCGACCCGCUUUUCCUCUGAAGGAGACAACAACGAAACCAGGAAAUGGCAUCACUCACAGAUAUCUUAGAGCUAUAACUUCCACAGAUCUUAUAAGUAGAUCCUAUUUGGCCUCAAAGAAAUCAAAUAUACUAGUUCCACAGUGCAGUUCAAACUCAAAUGACAACAAGGAUAGAUCCUCUAAUGAAGAUAAGAUACCUUUUGGAUACACCAGAAAGGAUGUUAUAUUAAUUGGAAUUGGACUCGCAGUUGUUGGCUUUGGCCUAAAAAGUGGAUUGGAGUUAUUUGGUGUUGAUUCUCUACAAGCUGGAAAUGCAGUUCAACUGGUCAUGGGCUUGGGUCUAACAGUUGGAUGGAUCUCAACGUACAUCUUCAGGGUUUCAAACAAGCAAAUGACCUAUGCUCAACAAUUAAGAGACUAUGAAUGCAAAGUCAUGGAGAAACGAUUAGAAAGCUUAACGGAAGCAGAGCUACAAGCAUUAGUUGAACAGGUUGAAGAAGAGAAGCAAUGUCUUGCUAAGCGUAAACAGGUCUAGUAGGGUGGAGUUUGUCGUUUUCGUCAUUUCCCUAGCAUCAAAAGCGCAUAAUCUUGUCCAUAGACAAGUCUAUGCAAAAGAAGAUGAAACCAUUAAACAUAUGCCAUGUGGAAAGUGGGUGGAAGAUCGUGAAGUAUAUGGGAAAUCUUCAGUUGCAAAAAUUUGUUGUAUAAAUGUAGUAGUGACUUACAAGACGAGCCCAUUUUCGGGAAUGGAAUAGAUCUCUGUAGAAUUGUGAAACAAAUUGGGGAAGAUAUAAUAAAGGGAAUGUUCAUUA